AUGAAAAGUGUAUAGGCAGGAUAUCUUUUGAGAACGGCUAAAUCUGUAUUAAUAGUUUUGAAAAUAGAUUACUAUAGCAACCCCAAAUUUUCAGACUCAUAUGUGAAAUUGAACCCUAAAUAUAAAGAAUAGUUAUAGGUUGGAGACCUGUUCAAAUUUGGAAGACUUGAAUGCUUCAUAUCAGAAUUAAACAAUGGAGAGAAGGUUCAGACUGCAGAGGACCAUUAUCAUUUGGAUCGUCACAUAAAAUCUGGAAAAGUCUCAGGGACGAGACAAUGCAAGUUUUGUUUGAUGGAAGAGGUGGACUAGGCUGAAGAUCCAGCUAAUCCAUAUCUAACGAAUUUGUGUGGUUGUUAAGGCCAGAUGUCUUAUGUUCAUUAUGAAUGCUUGAAGGCAUGGGUCAACUUUGGUAAUCGUAUUACUUGUAAGUAAACCUUAAACACUGUGUAAUAUCAAUGGAACUAAGCAUUAGAAUGUGAAAUAUGUAAAGUUCCUUUGCCAGCAAGAAUAUAUCUAGAGAAUUAACCAUAACCACUUCAAUUAGUUUAAAUAGAGAAAUUAGAUGGACCAUAUGUAAUCUUUGAAUAGAUAACUCGUCAGGAUAAUGUAUCAAAAAUUUUAAUAUUCAUUCACUCCUUUGGGGCAAAUGCCAUAUCUAUAGGUAGAGGUCACAACAGUGAAAUCAGAUGUUAGGACAUAUCAGUAUCUAGAAAUCAUGCUAAUAUUUCAUUUAAUAAUGAUGGUUGGCAUAUAUAGGAUCAGGGGAGUAAAUUUGGGACUUUGAGAAUAAUAAGAGAUAAAUUAUUAAUAGACGAUGAAGUAAAGGAAAUUCAAAUAGGUAGAGUGUUGCUGAAAAUGAAAUUAAUCUGAUAUAAGAAAACUAAAUCACAACAAAUUUUUGUUA